AUGCCGUCCUCAGAUAACACUCUGUUUCCAUCCCAGGGCCCGACCGUGCCAGGGGCCUCGGGGGUAAUUGAUGAUCGGGAGCGAGAAUCGUCCCUGAGGAUAUCGAACCCAUCCGACUCCGACCAUGCUGAGGACGAGGCGCACUUCGCGCCCAUGAAGACUGAGGCAGACUCCCGGCCACCCCUGCAACAGAGAAGGAGCAAUAUACAGACCGAGGACGACCUGUUCCGCGCCCUGUCGCGCCGCCGUACCGGGACCUCAGCUGCCGACACGGAGGACGAGGACCACGAGAUCGAAAGGUUGAUGUCGCGCAUGUUUGGCAAGGCCCGGCAGGAGCAGAGCGAGGAGGAAAAAACACGGCACUCGGGCGUCGUCUUCCGGAAUCUCACCGUCAAGGGUGCAGGGCUCGGCGCCAGCCUGCAGCCCACCGUGGGUGACCUCUUCAUGGGCCUGCCGAGGUUUUUGAAGAAUCUGGUCACGAAAGGGCCCAAGGCUGCGACGGGGAAGCCACCCGUGCGGGAGAUCCUCAGCGACUUCAAUGGCUGCGUGCGCCCCGGUGAAAUGCUGCUCGUGCUCGGCCGUCCUGGGUCGGGAUGUUCGACUUUUCUCAAAACCUUUUGUAACCAGCGCGCGGGUUAUGUCGAUGUUCUUGGUGAUGUGACCUAUGGCGGGACUGAUGCGAAGACCAUGGCCAAAGACUUCCGAGGAGAGAUAAUCUAUAACCCGGAAGACGACCUCCACUACGCCACACUCUCGGUCCGACGCACCCUGACUUUUGCUUUGCGGACGAGGACACCAGGCAAGGAGUCUCGGCUGGAGGGUGAGACCAGAGAGGACUACGUCAAGGAGUUUUUGCGCGUGGCAACGAAGCUUCUCUGGAUCGAACACACACUGGACACCAAGGUCGGCAACGAGCAUGUUCGCGGAGUGUCUGGUGGUGAGCGCAAGCGUGUCAGUAUUGCCGAGGCGCUCAUCACUCGAGCCAGCGUUCAAGGCUGGGACAAUUCCUCGAAGGGUCUCGAUGCAGCCACGGCGGUCGAAUACGUGCAGGCCUUGCGAGCAUUGACCAACAUGGCUGGGGUCUCAACUGCAGUCUCGCUAUAUCAGGCUGGUGAAAGCCUUUACAACCUCGUUGACAAGGUCCUGGUCAUCGACCAGGGCCAAUGUUUGUACUUUGGUCCCUCGGACAACGCCAAGAAGUACUUCCAAGACCUCGGCUUCGACUGCCCGGCGCGAUGGACCACGGCGGACUUCCUAACUUCUGUUGUGGACCCACACGAGCGCAGCGUUCGCCCCGGCUGGGAGGAUCGCAUUCCUCGUUCGGCUGCAGACUUUGCCGCCGUGUACAAGAAGAGCGAAGCAUACAAGAACAACCUUGCAGACAUGGAAGACUUUGAGGCGAAGACCGCGGAACAGCAGCGACAGAUCAGCCAGAACUCGACCAAGGCGAGCAAGAAGAAGAACUACACCAUCUCAUUCUACCAGCAGGUCCUCGCUCUUACCAAGCGACAAUUCCUUGUCUUGCUCGGAGACAAGGCUUCACUGUUCGGAAAAUGGGGCGGCAUUGUCUUCCAAGGUUUGAUCGUUGGGUCCCUGUUCUUCCAGCAGCCAGACAACACCGCAGGAGCCUUCACCCGAGGCGGUGUUCUCUUCUUCAUCCUUCUAUUCAACGCCCUUCUCGCACUCGCGGAGCAGACUGCUGCCUUUGAGUCCAAGCCCAUCCUCCUCAAGCACAAGAACUUCUCCUUCUACCGCCCUUCUGCCUACGCUCUCGCCCAGACAGUGGUGGACAUCCCUCUGAUCUUCACACAGGUGUUCAUAUUCGACGUAAUCAUCUACUGGAUGUCAGGCCUCGCCGCUACAGCAUCUCAGUUCUUUAUCUCUAUACUCAUCCUCUUCACGGUUACCAUGGCCACAUACGCCUUCUUCCGCGCGGUAUCAGCCGUCGCCAAAACACUUGACGACGCCACCAAGGUCACCGGAGUCUUCAUCCAGAUCCUGAUCGUGUACACAGGCUACCUGAUCCCACCAGCGUCGAUGCGCGUCUGGUUCGGCUGGCUGCGCUGGCUCGACUGGAUCCAGUACGGCUUCGAGGCCCUGAUGUCGAACGAGUUCUACAACCUGGAGAUGGACUGCGUGCCGCCCUAUCUGGUGCCGCAGGGGCCUGGCGCACAGCCUCAGUACCAAUCCUGCGCCGUCCGGGGGUCGACGCCCGGCUCUACCGUCGUGUCUGGCGCCAACUACAUCCAGGAGAGCUUCCAGUACUCGCGGUCCCACCUGUGGCGCAACUUCGGCAUCAUCUGGGCCUUCUUUGCACUCUUCCUCGUCGUCACCGCCAUCGGGAUGGAGGUCAUGAAGCCCAACGCGGGAGGGGCUGCCGUCACUGUCUUCAAGCGCGGCCAAGUCCCCAACUCUGUCAAGGAGUCUAUCGAGACCGGCGGUCGGAAGGGAAAUAUGUCGGACGAGGAGUCGGGCGCCGUCAAGGGCAGCCCGAGUUCGGGCUCUGAGGCUGACGUGGUCAAGGAGCGGGAGGAGAAGGACAAGAAAGCCAUGCAGAAUGUGGCUAAGAACGAGACGAUCUUCACGUUCCAGGAUGUCAACUACACAAUCCCGUUCCAAGGUGGCGAGAGGAAGCUUCUCAAUGGCGUUUCGGGCUGCGUUCGACCGGGUCGUCUCACUGCAUUGAUGGGUGCUUCUGGCGCUGGCAAGACCACAUUGCUAAACACUUUGGCUCAAAGAAUCACCUUUGGCGUUGUGACUGGAGACUUCCUGGUUGAUGGCAGAAAGCUACCCAAGUCAUUCCAGCGCGCUACCGGUUUCGCCGAGCAAAUGGACAUCCACGAACCCACUGCCACGGUGCGGGAAGCACUGCAAUUCUCAGCUCUCCUCCGUCAGCCCCGAGAGGUUUCAACCGAAGAAAAGUACGCCUAUUGCGAGACAAUCAUCGACCUCCUCGAGAUGCACGAUAUCGCUGGCGCCACCAUUGGACAGGUCGGAGAAGGCCUCAACCCUGAACAGAGAAAGCGACUCACCAUUGGAGUCGAGCUUUCCUCCAAGCCGGAGCUCUUGCUCUUCCUCGACGAGCCCACAUCCGGCCUCGACUCCGGCGCGGCGUUCAACAUUGUCAGAUUCCUGCGCAAGCUAGCCGACGCGGGCCAAGCCAUCCUCUGCACCAUCCACCAGCCAUCCGCCGUCCUAUUCGAGAACUUCGACGAGCUCAUCCUGCUCAAGUCCGGCGGUCGCGUCGUGUACGCGGGCGAGCUGGGCAAGGACAGCCAGACGCUCAUCAAAUACUUCGAGUCCAACGGCGGCCACCACUGUCCCCCCGACGCCAACCCAGCCGAGUGGAUGCUGGACGUGAUCGGCGCGGGCAACCCAGACUACAAGGGCCAGGACUGGGGCGACACAUGGGCCGCCUCCAAGCAAUACGAGGCGCAAUCCCGCGAGAUCAACGAGCUGAACGAAAAACGCCGCAACGUCGAGCACUCCAAGAACAUCCAGGACGACCGCGAGUACGCGAUGCCCCUGACGACGCAGAUCAACGCCGUCGUGAAGCGGGCGUUUGUCAGCUACUGGCGCAAGCCCAACUACAUCAUGGGCAAGCUUAUCCUGCACAUCUUCACGGGCCUCUUCAACUGCUUCACCUUCUACAAGCUGGGCUACAGCAACAUCGACAUGCAGAGCCGGCUCUUCUCCAUCUUCAUGACCCUGACCAUCUCGCCCCCCCUGAUCCAGCAGCUCCAGCCCGUCUUCCUCGCCAGCCGCAACAUCUUCCAGUCGCGCGAGAACAACGCAAAGAUCUACUCGUGGUUCGCCUGGACCACGGGGGCCGUCAUCGCCGAGAUCCCCUGGUCCCUCUUCGCCGGCGCGGUGUACUUCAACUGCUGGUGGUGGGGGAUCAUGGGCUGGAGGCCCACGUACCAGGGGUUCCCCUCGGGCUUCACCCUGCUGUGCGUCCUCCUCUUCGAGCUGUACUACGUCGGCUUCGGCCAGGCCAUCGCCUCCUUCAGCCCCAACGAGCUCCUGGCAAGCCUGCUCGUGCCGGUGUUCUUCCUCUUCGUGGUCAGCUUCUGCGGCGUCGUCGUCCCCGCCCAGCAGCUCCCUUACUUCUGGCGCAGCUGGAUGUACUGGCUCACCCCGUUCCACUACCUGCUCGAGGCCUUCCUGGCCGUCGCGCUGCACGACCAGCCUGUUCGGUGUGCGGACAACGAGUUCGCGAGGUUCUCCCCGCCCCCCGGGCAGACCUGCAUGGAAUACGCGGGUGGGUAUAUCAGCCAGGCUGGCGGGUACGUCCAGGAUGCCAUCGACGGCAGCGGCCUGUGUGAGUACUGCCAGUAUGCUACCGGUGACGAGUUUGGCAGGGGGUUCAGCGUGUAUUAUUCCCACAUUUGGCGAAACUUUGGGAUUGUCUGUGGCUUUAUCGUCUUCAACUUCGCAGUGGUCUACUUUGCGACCUUCCUGAAGUUCAGAGGCAAGAAUCCCCUCAAGGGCAGUCUGGCGAAGCUCAAGGCCAAGAAGAACUGA